AUAAUAUUCGACGUAAAAUUUGUAUGUAGUAGUGGCCAUAGCAAGGGGGACCUUCGAGGCAUACUAACCAUUCACGUUAAUGAACAUCUAAAAAACGACUACAUGGGGUACAUCCGUCCAAAGUAAGUGGGCCUACGCGACUGUAGUCAUCUUCAUGUUGGGACAUUGGGUCAAGCCUUUGGCAGUCGCCCGUCUUGCCUUGGCCUCGCCCAUGAGCGAUUGCAUGAGUUUCCCCUUGGCUAGUCUGUCUCGUUGCAAAUGCAGCGCAUCCAUCACGUCCGAUAGUUGCGUCUUUGCUUGUUCGCAGCCAAAGUAUCGCCGCGGGUCCUUCCACGUGCGUUCGAGCAUCUUGACCGUGAGCCCGUCGGACCCGGUGUUGCCUCCGCCAAGGACCAUGAUGGCCAUGUAUUGAUGCCCAAAGUAGAAUCGUCGGACGGCGUUUUCCAAGGUUUGGACGGCUUGGAUGACCCCCAUGACAGAGCUCGGGGCCAGGUCAUGGUUGGCAUACACCUGCUGCAAGUUGUGCACCAACUCGUCGUUGGUUUCCGGCGCGUCGGAGCAACGCACGUGGGCCAGCAAGUGGAGCAAAUCCGUCCACUCGGUCGGGUUAAACGCGGUCGCAGGGUACACGGGGGUGACGUACGCUUGAAACGCAGCUGGAAUGAGCGGAAGCAAAUGGAAGAUCCGGCGCCGCAGUUGGCGCAUGCGAACACUCUGGCCCCCACUGGCCCCAUGCAGCUGCAGGCGGAAGCUAUGGUAGUCGGCCAUGUCCAUCUCCGUGAGCAUUGUCACAUGGUCGAUCAUGUACUCCCACACGUGGCCACAGAACCGAUAGCGUCGGGCGAUCCGUCGGAGAACCCGCGGGGUGUCCCCGGCAUGAAACGUCGUCGAGAGCGAGUCAAUGUCGUCUUGCGCGGCAUCUAAUUGACGCUCCAUCACACAGCACCACGCUUCGCAGAUUUGAUGCACCAUCGCGAAAAAGUGAUCUUCGUCGAACGCGGCUUCGUUUUCGGUGGCGUAUUGGCGAAGAAACGCGGGGGCGACCGCCACGUCAUAGGGAAGGUGGUGUGAUUUCGACGAACAACCAAACACCCCCAGUCCAAACGGCAAGUCGGCAAAUUGACUUUGCACUUGGGCUUGCAGGCGUUGCAUAAAAGAGUGGGGAGUUGUCAACGCGGAUGGAUGGGUGUGGCUCCACCACCAUGCCUUCGGUUGCCCUAAGGAUUCUUGGCUAGAUGUUGUGGUCAAAAGGUACUGGUCGACAACGUUGUUGGGGUUAUCGUCAGUGUCAAUGUCGAUGAUCGUUCGCAGCAUGUGCAAUUGGGAGCCAAUGUUGCGAAGCAACGAGUCCAGACGCGUUUGGUGUUGGACAUAUGAUCGAUGGGAUCGAGAAGGGGGCGCCGAUGCAUUGUCAAUUGAGGCCAAGUUCACUUCGUAAAAGUCGAGGGCCAGCCGCAUGCUCAUUUCAAAUGAGCUCAUGGCUGGCACCAGCCGGUAGAGGGCAGCGGGAGGGCCUUCAGGGCUAGCAGACGCGACUGGGGUGAGCACAUGUGGCAAUGGGUCAAAGGGCAUGGGGGUGGCCGACCGCAAUGCCCACAGCCCCCACGUUUUUUCGAGCUCGGGAAGGCGGAUGUACGACGCGUAUGCGUUGCGAUGGAGGGAGCCCAAGUACGCUGAAUAGUCCCCCAAGGUGGCGGACGUUGUGAGCUUGGAUGGGUCUUUCGUGGAAGAGCUGGAGCCAGCGGCGUAGGCACAGGGGAUGCUUUCGUCCACGAUGGGGGACGGCGUCUUGGCAGUUGCCGCAUGCGGGCACUUGGCUGUUUCGACGAUCGGCAGAUGGGCCAUGGUAGUUGUGCGGGUUGUGCGGCAAAUUGCAAAAUGAAACAGUGACUGUGAG